GCCAAGCCGGGGAAAAUGGGCAACGGUGAUUGGGACCGAAGGGGAGUCUCUCCGUCACUGUUGCUGGGACGCGUGCCUGUGCUGGUGUCUUAGAGCAAGAGCCUCCCUGAGCUUUCGGAGUGGAAGGCCAAAUGACAUAGGAUGAAGGCUGUUCGUAACCUGCUGAUUUAUAUAUUUUCCACCUAUCUCCUGGUUAUGUUUGGAUUUAAUGCUGCCCAAGACUUCUGGUGUUCAACUUUGGUGAAGGGAGUCAUUUACGGAUCGUAUUCUGUAAGUGAAAUGUUUCCCAAAAACUUUACAAACUGCACUUGGACGCUGGAAAAUCCAGAUCCAACCAAAUAUAGCAUUUACCUGAAAUUUUCCAAAAAGGACUUUAGCUGCUCUAACUUUUCCCUCCUGGCUUAUCAGUUUGAUCAUUUUUCUCAUGAGAAAAUAAAGGAUCUUUUAAGAAAGAAUCAUUCUAUAAUGCAACUCUGCGAUUCCAAGAAUGCUUUUGUUUUUCUACAAUAUGAUAAAAAUUUUAUUCAAAUUCGUCGGGUAUUUCCAACCGACUUUCCAGGAUUACAGAAAAAAGGGGAAGAAGACCAGAAAUCCUUUUUUGAGUUUUUGGUAUUGAACAAGGUGAGCCCAAGCCAGUUUGGUUGCCAUGUGUUAUGUACUUGGUUGGAGAGCUGCUUAAAAUCAGAAAAUGGGAGAACAGAAGCAUGUGGGAUCAUGUAUACAAAAUGCACCUGCCCUCAGCAUUUGGGAGAGUGGGGGAUUGACGACCAGUCGCUGGUUUUGUUAAAUAACGUGGUGUUACCCCUGAAUGAGCAGACCGAGGGCUGCCUGACCCAGGAGCUGCAAACCACCCAGGUCUGCAAUCUUACCAGGGAGGCCAAGCGACCGCCCAAAGAAGAAUUUGGAAUGAUGGGAGAUCAUACAAUUAAAAGUCAGCGACCUCGAUCUGUUCAUGAAAAAAGGGUCCCUCAGGAACAAGCUGAUGCUGCUAAAUUUAUGGCACAAACUGGUGAAUCUGGUGUGGAAGAGUGGUCCCAGUGGAGCACAUGCUCAGUUACUUGUGGUCAAGGGUCGCAGGUGCGAACCAGAACUUGUGUAUCACCUUACGGGACACACUGCAGCGGCCCAUUAAGAGAAUCAAGGGUUUGCAAUAACACUGCCCUCUGUCCAGUACAUGGAGUUUGGGAGGAGUGGUCACCAUGGAGUUUAUGUUCAUUUACUUGUGGUCGAGGCCAAAGAACAAGAACAAGGUCAUGCACACCUCCUCAGUAUGGGGGAAGGCCGUGUGAAGGACCUGAAACACAUCACAAGCCUUGUAAUAUUGCUCUAUGCCCAGUUGAUGGACAGUGGCAGGAGUGGAGUUCAUGGAGUCAGUGCUCAGUGACCUGCUCAAAUGGGACCCAGCAGAGAAGCCGGCAGUGCACUGCAGCCGCUCAUGGGGGUUCUGAGUGCAGAGGGCCUUGGGCAGAAAGCAGGGAGUGCUAUAAUCCCGAGUGUACAGCCAAUGGUCAGUGGAACCAGUGGGGACACUGGAGUGGCUGUUCCAAGUCGUGUGAUGGUGGCUGGGAGAGGCGAACAAGGACUUGUCAGGGUGCAGCGGUGACGGGGCAGCAGUGCGAAGGAACAGGCGAAGAAGUGAGGAGAUGCAGUGAGCAGCGAUGUCCUGCACCUUAUGAAAUAUGCCCAGAGGAUUAUCUGAUGUCCAUGGUGUGGAAAAGGACACCAGCAGGCGACUUGGCCUUCAAUCAGUGCCCACUGAAUGCCACAGGCACCACUAGCAGACGCUGCUCUCUCAGUCUUCAUGGAGUGGCCUUCUGGGAACAGCCGAGCUUUGCAAGAUGCAUAUCAAAUGAGUACAGACACUUGCAGCAUUCAAUUAAAGAACACCUUGCUAAGGGGCAGCGAAUGCUGGCAGGUGACGGAAUGUCCCAGGUGACCAAGACCUUGUUGGAUUUAACUCAGAGGAAAAAUUUCUAUGCAGGAGAUCUUCUCAUGUCUGUGGAAAUCCUCAGAAAUGUGACAGACACGUUUAAAAGGGCAAGUUACAUCCCUGCCUCUGAUGGUGUCCAGAACUUCUUUCAAAUAGUUAGCAACCUUCUAGAUGAAGAAAACAAAGAAAAAUGGGAAGAUGCACAACAGAUUUAUCCAGGCUCGAUAGAGUUAAUGCAGGUGAUUGAAGACUUUAUACACAUUGUUGGAAUGGGGAUGAUGGACUUUCAGAAUUCAUACUUAAUGACUGGAAAUGUAGUGGCUAGCAUCCAGAAGCUUCCUGCAGCCUCUGUUCUGACAGACAUCAACUUCCCAAUGAAAGGACGGAAGGGAAUGGUUGACUGGGCAAGAAACUCAGAAGACAGAGUAGUCAUUCCAAAAAGCAUUUUUACUCCUCUGUCAUCAAAAGAAUUAGAUGAAUCAUCGGUAUUUGUUCUCGGAGCAGUCCUGUACAAAAACUUGGAUCUAAUUCUUCCGACUCUGAGAAACUAUACUGUCGUUAAUUCCAAAAUCAUCGUGGUCACAAUACGGCCUGAACCCAAAACAACUGAUUCAUUCCUGGAGAUAGAACUAGCUCAUUUGUCUAAUGGUACUCUGAAUCCCUAUUGUGUGUUAUGGGAUGACUCAAAAACGAACGAGUCUUUGGGAACGUGGUCCACCCAGGGAUGUAAAACUGUGCUUACCGAUGCAUCCCAUACGAAAUGCUUAUGUGAUCGUCUCUCUACCUUCGCCAUUUUGGCUCAGCAACCUAGAGAAAUAAUCAUGGAGUCCUCUGGUACACCUUCAGUCACCCUAAUAGUAGGCAGUGGCCUUUCCUGUUUGGCCUUGAUCACCCUCGCAGUUGUCUAUGCAGCAUUAUGGAGGUAUAUACGCUCUGAGAGGUCUAUAAUUCUAAUUAACUUCUGCCUGUCUAUCAUCUCAUCCAACAUCCUCAUACUGGUUGGACAGACUCAGACUCACAAUAAGAGCAUCUGUACAACCACCACCGCAUUUUUGCACUUUUUCUUCUUGGCUUCAUUCUGCUGGGUGUUGACCGAGGCGUGGCAGUCAUAUAUGGCUGUAACUGGAAAGAUUAGGACACGGCUUAUAAGGAAACGCUUUUUGUGCCUUGGAUGGGGUUUACCAGCGUUAGUAGUGGCCACAUCAGUAGGCUUCACCAGGACGAAAGGAUAUGGCACUGAUCACUACUGCUGGCUCUCUCUUGAAGGAGGACUACUCUACGCUUUUGUUGGACCUGCAGCUGCUGUUGUGCUGGUCAACAUGGUGAUUGGCAUUUUGGUAUUUAAUAAACUUGUUUCCAGAGAUGGGAUCCUAGAUAAAAAGCUCAAACACAGAGCCGGUCAGAUGAGUGAGCCUCAUAGCGGUUUGACGCUCAAAUGUGCCAAGUGUGGAGUAGUUUCAACAACAGCUUUGUCAGCCACCACCGCCAGUAAUGCCAUGGCGUCUCUUUGGAGCUCCUGUGUAGUGUUGCCCCUUCUGGCUCUGACGUGGAUGUCUGCAGUACUGGCCAUGACAGACAAACGCUCCAUAUUGUUUCAAAUACUUUUUGCUGUGUUUGAUUCAUUGCAAGGCUUUGUGAUAGUCAUGGUCCACUGCAUUCUUCGGAGAGAGGUUCAGGAUGCUUUUAGAUGCCGACUGAGAAACUGUCAGGAUCCAAUCAAUGCUGAUUCUUCAAGUUCUUUUCCUAAUGGGCAUGCUCAAAUCAUGACAGACUUUGAAAAGGAUGUAGACAUUGCUUGUCGGUCAGUUCUUCAUAAGGAUAUUGGUCCUUGCCGAGCAGCAACAAUAACAGGGACACUCUCGAGGAUUUCUUUAAAUGAUGAUGAAGAAGAAAAGGGAACAAACCCCGAAGAGCUAAGCUAUUCCACACUGCCUGGAAAUGUAAUUUCAAAAGUCAUUAUCCAACAACCCACAGGUUUGCACAUGCCCAUGAGUAUGAAUGAGCUGGGCAAUCAGUGUUUGAAAAAAGAGAACAGUGAAUUGCGGAGAACUGUGUACUUAUGUACAGAUGAUAAUUUGAGAGGGGCUGAUAUGGACAUAGUCCAUCCUCAGGAAAGAAUGAUGGAAAGUGACUAUAUUGUGAUGCCCAGAAGUUCUGUAAAUACCCAGCCAUCAUUGAAAGAGGAAAGCAAAAUGAAUAUUGGCAUGGAAACCCUGCCACAUGAAAGGCUAUUGCACUACAAAGUAAAUCCUGAAUUCAACAUGAAUCCCCCUGUUAUGGACCAGUUCAAUAUGAACUUAGAUCAACAUCUUGCACCCCAGGAACAUAUGCAGAAUUUACCCUUUGAGCCCCGCACAGCUGUGAAGAAUUUCAUGGCCUCUGAGUUGGAUGAUAAUGCAGGACUAUCAAGAAGUGAAACUGGAUCAACCAUAUCAAUGAGUUCUUUAGAGAGAAGAAAAUCACGAUACUCAGACCUUGACUUUGAGAAGGUCAUGCAUACAAGGAAGAGGCAUAUGGAACUGUUUCAAGAACUAAAUCAGAAAUUUCAAACUUUGGAUAGAUUUCGGGAUAUACCAAAUACAAGCAGUAUGGAAAAUCCAGCACCAAACAAGAAUCCAUGGGACACUUUCAAAAACCCCAGUGAAUAUCAACAUUAUACCACAAUCAAUGUCUUAGAUACAGAGGCAAAGGAUGCUUUGGAACUGAGGCCAGCAGAGUGGGAGAAGUGUCUGAAUUUGCCUUUGGAUGUGCAAGAGGGUGACUUUCAAACAGAAGUUUAACAAAAUCAAAAUGGCCUGAGAUGAAGACAAAAAUUUAUUGCACUGACACUUAAGACUUGGGAAGGCUGACAUUUCUACCUGGACAGGGUGACUAUCCUAUGUCAGGACCUUCACAUGCCAAAUGUCAGUGGUUUUUGCAUAUGGUAACUUCUCCCUAGUCAAGCUAGUGGAGAGAGGACCAGGUGUACAGUUCUGACCAUCCUGUGUUGUAAGUACCUGUGGAAUGGAUUUGUAAGGUAAUCUUUAUAGAUAAACCUCAAGCAACGAUUCAUGUUGUAACCGCUUCAUAUGGUUUAGUUUUCAAAAAACUUCACCAUGAAGCACAAUGUAUAUAUUUAUGCAGUUUUUAAAGUUUAUAACAGUCUGUUUG